AUGCAAUUGAUUCACGCGAAACACAUUGGCCGCCUCUGGUCCGGUCGGGCCAUCGCGACCUUGGCAAAGAAUGCUCGACCCGCCCCAGCAAUAGUUGCUACUCGACAGCCUCAGUCUUUUACAAGUCCAUAUUUGGCCCAAGCGACGCAGCGACGGAGCUAUGCCGACAUCAAACUCGAUUUCAACGCUCUUGAUAAGAAGUGGCGUGAGAAAUGGAAAGCUUCGAAAACUUCUCCCGCAAAAGAUGACUCCAGCAAGCCCAACCAAUACGUGCUUCCAAUGUUCCCCUACCCGUCUGGCACCUUACAUCUCGGCCACCUGCGCGUCUACACAAUUGCCGACGUUCUCGCUCGCUAUCACACAAUGAAGGGGUCCAGCGUAAUGCUGCCUAUGGGAUGGGACGCAUUCGGUCUUCCGGCCGAAAACGCCGCCAUAGACCGUGGAAUCGCACCCGCGACUUGGACGAAGACCAACAUUGCGAAGAUGAAGGAACAGCUAGAGGUCAUGAAUGGCAGUUGGGACUGGGAGAGGGAAUUGACCACCUGCGAUCCCGACUUCUACAAACACACUCAAAAAAUCUUCUUGAUGUUGCAUAAGCGUGGCCUCGCCUACCAAACCGAAGCCGAGGUCAAUUAUGACCCUGUCGAUAUGACGGUUCUUGCCAACGAGCAAGUCGAUGCCAAUGGAAACUCUUGGAGAUCUGGUGCCAAGGUUGAAAAACGCCAGCUCAAGCAGUGGUUCUUCCGCAUCUCUGAGUUCAGGGAAGCAUUGCUGAAGGAUUUAGACACGCUUGCCAAGAACGAGGCUUGGCCUGAGAGGGUCUUGGCCAUGCAGAAGAACUGGCUCGGAAAAUCCACUGGCGCCGUAAUCAAGUUCCCAGUCAUGGCCAUGGGCCACGACGUCCAUGCGGCUAUCGAAGUCUUCACGACGCGGCCGGAUACUCUAUUCGGAGUCCAGUAUCUCGCCCUUGCAUCAACUCACCCGAUUGUGACUUCAUUAGCAAAGGCAGAUCCUGAGCUCCAGGCUUUCUUGGAUACUCUGCCUGCGUUGCCUAAAGACUCCAAGGUCGGUUACAUGCUGCCACAUGUAAGGGCUGUCAACCCGCUGGCAUACCACGAGCAGACUCCCGACGACACCAAGAAAUCAAUUCCUGUGUACGUUGCACCGUACGUUCUUGGUGAUUAUGGCGAAGGCGCUGUAAUGGGCGUUCCCGGGCACGAUCUGCGGGACAACGCUUUCUGGAAGGAGCAUCACUAUGAUGAGCCAGUGAGGUUUGUGCUAGCGGCUUCGGAAGACGAGUCAACUUCCGCAAUAGCGAACGAGCCGUUUGUCGAGCAUGGCACCAUGACAGCAAACAGCGGCCCUUUCAAGGGUAAAUCAUCCGCCGAGGCGGGCCGGAUGCUCAUCGGCAUACUUGAGGCGGCAGACUUGGCCAAGCCGGUUGAGAAGUGGAGACUGAGAGACUGGUUGAUCAGUCGUCAGCGGUACUGGGGAACGCCCAUCCCUGUCAUUCACUGCGGUUCCUGUGGUCCAGUGCCUGUUCCAGAUGAUCAGCUACCGGUUACUUUGCCCGACGUUAGCCAUCACUGGACAGAUGGUAAGGCCGGUAACCCGUUGGAGAGAGCCGAAGACUGGGUAAACACAAGCUGUCCCAAAUGUGGUGGUCAUGCCAAGCGCGACACCGAUACCAUGGACACCUUUGUUGACUCAAGUUGGUACUACGCUCGGUUCGUGGAUCCUCACAACGUAUCACAGCCACUCUCUGUCGAGGCCGCAAAAUCAUUGCCCGUGGACUUGUACAUUGGUGGUAUCGAGCAUGCCAUCUUGCAUCUCCUGUACGCCAGAUUCAUUUACAAGUUCCUGGCCACAACAGAACUGUUCCCUGCUUCAGGCGAAGCUGACGCAGUCCAUGAACCGUUUAAGAGACUGAUCACGCAGGGUAUGGUACACGGCAAGACGUACACCGACCCAAAGACAGGAAAGUUUCUGAAACCAGACGAGGUCGACUUGGAAGAUCCGUCAAACCCCAAAGUCGUGGCUACGGGUGCUACGGCAAAUGUGUCAUUUGAGAAAAUGUCCAAGUCCAAGUAUAACGGAGUGGAUCCGACUGAGUUCAUCUCCAAGUACGGCGCCGAUGCUACGCGAGCUCACGUCCUUUUCCAAGCGCCUGUGGGCGACAUCCUCAACUGGGACGAGGACAAAAUCGCGGGUGUCACGCGAUGGCUGCAUAGGCUGCAUGACCAUGCUGCCAAACUUCAGGAGUCGUCGGCCGAAGAAAAGCCCAUUGUGGCAUACCUUGAGGAGCGAGCGAACAGCUUGUCUUCCCUUGGUGACAAGGAGCUCGCCGUCUGGGACGCCGACACCGCUAUUUGGAGAGCGGUUCAAGGGACCAUCGGUUCCAUCACUCAGUCUUACGAGACUGUCUACCCGAUGAACACCAUCGUUUCAGACCUUAUGAGUCUGACUAAUACCCUUCAGGAGAACACUGGAGCUAGCCCACUUGUCCAGAGAGAAGCAAUGUCCGUCCUUCUUCGAAUGAUGGCCCCAAUUGCACCGGCGUUCUCUGAGGAGUGUUGGAGGCUCCUCCAUCCCAAAUCCGGCUCCAUCUUCGAAGAAUCCACGUUCCCCGCGCAGGACAAUACGUCGUCUCUGCUGAAGCCGCGUAGGCAGCCAUUAGCUAUUCAGAUCAACGGAAAGCUGCGCGGUGUUGUCGAAGUUCCCAACCCCCCAUCUGGUCUGGAGGGAGAGGCAUUGCGAGACUGGAUGGUCGCAGAGGUUCUCAAGUCUGAUGAGGGCAAGGCUAAGUUUGCCGGAGGUCAAUUCGAUGUCACCUCCCCGAGGAGAGUAAUCUUGGCUCGUGGCGGCAAGACGAUCAACUUUGUAGUAUAA